GACCCAACCCACUGAACUAACGCACCAACAUACACACUCUUUCUGGGUGCUAUUACCCACAGCUGGAAACUGGAUGCUGUGCGGAUCGGGUGUGUGGAUAUGCAACAAUUCUCUCUCUACCUCUCUUUGCCUCUUUCUCUCUGGAUCCGGACUCUGAUUCGCUGCGCUGCUCGGUAAUGUCAAGACUUUGGAAGCGGGAGUGACUCGGGGAGGAGGCUUGGAGAUUAUUGCAGCUGCAGCGCACAGUGCACCACGAGAAAUUGGGCUGUAACUUAAGUCUGCAGAGCUCACGCCGCGAAUGUAGCGAUUUACUUGAAACCGCGAGCUCCCCUCUGUGCUGAUUCCAACAUGGGUGUUGACUGAAUGGAAGAGUAUCCCCGCGCUGCCACAGAGGUAUGAGGAUGCACUUGUGAGGAUUAAAACUGAGCUCAGUAAUUCCUGGACCAUGCAGAUUCUGCCGACUAGGACGUUAUUUGUGUUACUAGCCCAUGCACAUGUAUUACUAUCUCUGAGAAACAAUGGAGAAGUACGAACUAAAGAGGACAGCAACACCAGCGCAUACUCUGCCCGGACUUUCCAUGGGUCACUGCGGGAGAGUCAUCAAAACAAAGCCUGGGACCGUGCGCUCUCGGCGGGAUAUGCCACAGGUGCGUCCUCGGCGGAACUGCAGGCGCAGCGGGCAAUAAUCCGAGGGACCCUUAACUCCACUCACGCCUGGAAAAGGGUAAUUGCAGGAGAAAUUAGGCGAAUUGGACACAACAAACGCGACUUCAAUAGGACUGUGACACCCAUGGAGGAUCCCAACGCCGUUCCUCAUUGGGACCCGACGCGCCACCAUAAUAAGAGGAUAAAGUUGAAUGGCGGUCUUAGUAGUACGAGGACGCCAGCAGGUGGACACUACAAUGUGGCUAAGCCCUCUUCAAUGGGCCUGGGAGAUGGAGGAGGGGGACCCGAGGAGGGCGACAGGCACAAGAGAGGCACAAAAGACGAGCAGAAGAAAGCCUGGAAGAGGGGGAGAAACCGGCUGAACAAAAGCGCAGUGUUUUUGGCUCAACCUCACGCGUCGCCGUGGGAACCCAUCCCCAAGCCGGUGGCCCUCACCUCCACCGAUAUGCCCUUUGACCUCUUCACCAGGAGGACCGAGUUCUUCACUUUCAGAGAGGAGAACCCCUGGGACGCCACGCCGAUCACCCCUCCCAACUCGCAGGAUUUCGGGGAAGAGAUCAGGAACCCCUUUUACCCGGUGACAAGUGAGACUUAUGGCGCGUACGCGAUCACUUGCGUGUCCGGGGUUAUUUUCCUCGUGGGGAUAGCGGGCAACAUUGCUAUCCUGUGCAUCGUGUGCCAGAACUACUACAUGAAGAGCAUCUCCAACUCUCUGCUGGCUAAUUUGGCUGUCUGGGAUUUUGUGCUCAUCUUCUUCUGCCUGCCCAUGGUUGUUUUCCAUGAACUGACCAAGUCCUGGCUGCUGGGAGAAUUCACCUGCAAAGUGGUGCCCUAUGUGGAGGUGGCGUCUUUGGGUGUAACUACCUUUACCCUGUGCGCUCUGUGCAUCGACCGCUUCCGUGCGGCCACCAAUGUCCAGAUGUACUAUGAGAUGAUCGAGAACUGCACGUCGACUACUGCCAAGCUUGCUGUCAUCUGGAUCGGUGCCCUCCUCUUGGCCCUCCCGGAGCUCCUCAUUCGACAGAUGGUGGCAGAGGACACAGGAAUCCCAGACGAGCCUCCUGUUGAACGCUGUAUCAUCAGGAUAUCCACCUCACUUCCUGACAUGCUCUACGUGCUGGGCCUGACCUACGAGGGUGCGCGGCUGUGGUGGUGCUUUGGCUGCUACUUUUGCUUGCCCACCCUCUUCACCAUUGGGUGCUCAUUGGUAACCGCGCGCAAGAUUCGGCGUGCAGAGCAGGCCAGUGUGCGCAGCAACAAGAAGCAGAUCAGGCUGGAGAGCCAGAUGAACUGCACUGUUGUGGCGCUGGCAAUCGUCUACGGUGCGUGUGUGGUGCCUGAGAACAUCUGCAACAUAGUUUCAGCGUACAUGGCGGCCGGUGUUCCUGAGCACACCAUGUCUGUACUCCAUCUUCUCUCCCAGCUGCUGCUCUUCUGUCGGGCCGCUGUGACGCCGGUGCUGCUGCUUCUCCUGUGUCGCCCGCUGGGCAGGGCCUUCCUAGACUGCUGCUGUUGCUGCUGCUGCUGUAACCACGCGCCCUCUUCAGCCACGGCUAGUGACGAUAACGAGCACGAGUGCACCACCGAGCUGGAGCUGUCGCCGUUCAGUACCAUCCGCAGGGAGUUGAGUAACUACACACCUGCUGGCUCCAACUGCUAAACUGACAUUCCUCAUCAGGGAUGGAGAUUUCACUAGCCUGCUAUCUGCCUGUGGCUAGUAGUCCUGAGACUUGGCUAGGAGAGAUUUGCCUUACCUAGUCUGGUCACAUUUUUAAAUGGGUGCAUGAUGGGAGUUGGGCACUGAAUAAUCACAUUCAGUCAGUGUCCUAUGUCCUCAACUUUCAGUGCUUAUAAUAAUACUGUACAUUUACAGUGACUGUAUAACCCUUAUUUCCCAGGAAAGCUAACGAAAAGCAAAAUCUUCUUUUCAGUCAUGCCCUGGGGUGCUCUUAAAACAGGGUCAGUACAUAUUUUUAGUAAUCCUGCCUGAAACCUUACAAACCUCCCUUCUGUAAACCUUGUUCGCCUAAAUAUCUUUGGACAGUUGGGAUGGUCUCUUAACCUCUCUGAUGUCUGGUUCCUCUCAAGAGGUUUGAAUCAAGUUCAUUUCUUUUAUUUAACUUGAUUCUGAGGCAGAGAAACUAAGAAGAACAGAACUGCUGGCCUCAUGCUAUUAGUGACAGAUAAAGGAUAUUUAUAUUGUACAAUGCACAAAUGAUUGUGCAGAAUAUGUCACAGUAAGUUAAAAUUAACGAAACAGUUUGUGAUGAUAAAUGUGUUUGGCCACCAUAAAUAAUAUUUAUGUAUGGGAAACUCUGUACGUCAAAUCUUAGGGGGAAAUUAAUUAAUCAAUGCCAAUCACCUUCCAAAUGUGCCACUGGUGAAAUUAUGGGGACUUAACUAAUUAAUCAGAGAGCAACCGUGUACAAUAAUUCAAACACAGUAUCCAGUAGACUGACACUGCCUAUAGAUGUACAGGGCUCAGUUUACAGACUACAUCAGCUGCAAAUGUACAGUUUAUAAAAUGGUGCACACAUGGGAACAAGGCUUCUGAUAACUAAACUAGCGCAGGGCGUCUCAACAGUAAUGACACUUUGCAAGAGGAAAACACAAAGAAGAGAUAUUGCAUUGGAGAAUCCAAAUGUACACAACACUUACACUGUAUACUGAAAAAUCUCCAGCUGACUCAAACAUAACUGGGCUGGUCUCAGAGAACAACAACAUGGACUUGAGCAGAAUUAAAUGGUUUGGAAUGGACUAAUUGAAAUCACAUUAGAGUUGAAUGGAGUGGAAUGGAAUCAGAUGACACACUACAGAUUAAAUUGAGUGAAGUGAAUAUGAAGUGGAACGUAAUGGAACAUAACACGGUAGAAUAUGACUGAAAGGGAUGGACUCGGUGCGAACUGGACUGAAAAUGAAUAUCUGCACUACACUGUUGUAUCAUGUUACGCCUUACACUUCGGGCUGUAUAUAUACUGUACACUUUCUUUGGUGCUCUUAUGAUGAAUGCGCUGUAAACAACAAAUCCAUUGGUUCGACUUAGAAUCACAAGUAAUUGAGCUGCGUGGUAUGUUUCUGGUCAAGAAGACAGAUUGCAGUUAUCAGUGACUCUGGAACACACGAACAAUAGUGAGGUAAAAGGGGAAAAAAAAUCAAUGCAGAGUUUCACUGAACCACAGACAGAGUUCAAACAGAUCAUCUCAAUUUUGAAUAUAAAUACCGCCUUCAUUAAGAAUGACAGUUGCUUGGCAGCUACACGCAGCAACAACACUGUUCCAACAAAAUAAAAGUCUGAUGUUAGAUUACUAGGACUACCUAGUCCUAUGCAGCAACACAGUGUUGUUUCCUUAUGUCAUCUACAUGGCUCAUCAGCUUGUGGAAAUUCCGACUUUAUGCAAAGGACAUGCAGCAUUAGCUUCAGUCUUUUAUCACAAUAUCAUGUUUGAAGCCAUCUAGUGCAUAUUUCACCUUUAUAGGGUUCCCGUUCUCAGAUGAGUCCGAGAGAAAGAUUAAAAAGUCAGCCAGAGUCUGCUGUUAGUUUAGUUAGUUAGCUACAGCUAAGAAACUCCUCCAGUGACAGAUGUUAUUGCUGCCAACAAAAUCAACAGUUGCCAGCUAGAAAUAAGAGGAUACCUUUGUCUACAUAAGUCUGAAAUGGAGAAUCCAGUGUGAGUGUCAGUUAUUACUGAGAAAUUCUGCCUCUGUUAUCAUUGUAACCUGCAUAUGUGUUGUGCAAGAAUGGAAAAAGCCGCAGGCGUAGCAACAGCCCUAAGGGAUGCAGGGAACAGUCAAUUUUACAGUGUAAAAUUCUUGACCUCUAAUGCCCUUCGCAGUUUCAUUACUUGGGUUUUUAAGGAGAAUCAAUGAGAUGUUUUUCACAGUGUAUAAAUUUACAAGUGUAUUGUACUGUAAAUCUGUUUUCUUAAUCCUAUUAAUCAGACCUGGGUCAAAACAAGGUUCAAACCACUAUGUUCACUUAUCACAAUGCAGGUAAAUUGAAGUUAUACUGAAAAUAGAACAGCCCAGACAUUUGUUACCAUGAGAUGUAUGAAGAGGACUUUUGAGGAUGAUUAAAAUUAGUCUUAAAAACCUUAAUUUUGUUUGUUAAACAUAAUUAAAAAAAAAAAAUCUUCAUUCUUUAAAUGUUUAUAACUGAGACAUAUUGGUGGUGAACUCCAUAAUGACCCAGGUGUGAUGUUCAUUGGUAUACUGUAUAUUGCGAUGAAUCUUUCACGUACGAUUCUGCACUGCCAAACACCUUCUCUAUGUCUGUCUCUUGUGCUCUUGUGGUAGUAGCACACUAUCUCUGGGAGCCUCUCUCAGCGCGGAGGUCAGUUUGCUCUCGGCUCCAUCAGUACAGGGAGAAGAAUAUUAGUACAAAACAUAAAUCAUGAAAGGUUUGACAGCACACAGGGCCAGCCAUACUCAAAAUAUACACGUACACUAUGGAGAGAAACUGUGGAUAAAGGAUCGGUUUUUUUUUUCGUGCCCCAGCUCGAGGCAGCAGCCCUUUGGCUCUAAUGAACUCCAGUUUAUGAGCUCCAAGAGAUCCAGGUGGAUGUAGCCUCUGGUUGGCACUGCCUGCAGUUCUCCAUGUUAAUAAGGAAAAUGGGCAAGAACACAGCAGCUCUGCAACAUAAUGCCCCACAGCCUGUUUGACAACUCUUUUUUAUUGCCAUCACUAUCAAGGUAUUGUGGAUCAAUGUGUAAACCUGUCUAGGGGUUUUACUUUAUAUGCCCUUGCACAAGCUGAGUUUUUCCCAUUAAAUCAUCUCAGUGUGCUGACGUCUGGAAAUCCCACCUGUUUUCUUGAUGGGACUCGUGCGUAAACUGACCUCCUGAACCUACUUAACUUUUUUUUUUCCUGCAUAUUUCUGGGAGUGUAGCUCAUUCUAAAUGGCUCAGUGUGUAGUAACGUGGUUCAAACUAUUGAUGAAGUGAUUCUUGUAAAUCAGUCAGUGAGACGUUUAUUCUGAACUUUGUGAGUAUCCUCUUCACUCUGAGCAAAAUAUGUCUGUAUUUGAUACCUUAAAAUGUAAGCACACGGCCACUAUUGUCUCUAAGUCUAGUCACUGGUUUCUAAAUAGCUUUUUAUAUAGCCAAAAACUGUCCCUUUGUUUAUCAAAGAACUCUAUCUUGAAAACUGUAUAUUAAAAUCCUA